GAAAUAUGCGUCCCCCCGAAGAAAUCAAAAGGAUAACCCUCACAUUGCAUGCUCUCUCGACUUCACUGCAAAACCCUGAAAUCAGUUGAUUAAAAUCAUUCUAUUGAAAUUGGAAUUGAAAAUGAGAGCAACGAGAUUCAGUAAUCUAACCAAACACACCCCUUUUUCACUCCAAUCGUCUUCUUCCUAUUGCUCUGGUGGUGCAGGCCGUGGUCGCGGCCGCGGCCGCGGCGGCGUCGGCUCCGGUUCCUCGCCGUUUGACCAUUUUGGUCCGACCAAAAUCAUAGGUCAACCCACAACCGAGUCAAAACCCGAGUCGGCACCGAGUCAAAACCAAGGGCGAAGUGCCCCUCUCCCUCCUCCCUCCACAGAGCUCCCUACUUUUUCCUCUUUCAACUCCACUGUUAAAUCGACCAAAAUCAUAGGUCAACCCACAACCGAGUCAAAACCCGAGUCGGCACCGAGUCAAAACCAAGGGCGAAGUUCCCCUCUCCCUCCUCCCUCCACAGAGCGCCCUACUUUUUCCUCUUUAAUCUCCACUGUUAAAUCGACCAAAAUCAUAGGUCAACCCACAACCGAGUCAAAACCCGAGUCGGCACCGAGUCAAAACCAAGGGCGAAGUCCCCCUCUGCCUCCUCCCUCCACAGAGCUCCCUACUUUUUCCUCUUUCAUCUCCACUGUUAAAUCAGGUGGUGCCGGACGCGGCCGAGGCCAUGUGACUCCCGGGUCUGAACCUAGUCAAACCACAGACUCUCGCAAACCGCUGAGAAUAAACAUUGGGACAGGGUUGUCCACUAAGUCGACUCAGCCGACUGAACGCAAACUCCCAUCAAGUGUCCUCUCUGUCUUAUCCGGGGCGGGGCGUGGAAAGCCAGGUUCACAACCGUCACCGUCGCCGCCUCCGAUAGUGGAGGAAGAAAAUAGGCAUCUUCGGUCCCCAACCAGACGCACCCAAUCCGAUUCGGAAGCUGCCCGACCCAAGUUGAACAGGGAAGAGGCUGUUAAACAGGCAUUGAGGGUUUUAGCGCAGGGUGGAGAAGCUGGGCCGGGGCGAGGACGGGGCAGAGGAAGAGGGAGAGGGAGAGGGAGAGGAGAUAGGAGGUUUAGAAGGGGAUUGGAGGAUAAAGAUGAGGGAUUUGGUGCAGGUUUGUAUUUGGGAGACAAUGCUGAUGGGGAGAAAAUGGCUGAGAAGAUUGGGGUUGAGAAUAUGAAUAAGUUGGUUGAAGGGUUUGAGGAGAUGAGUGGUAGGGUGCUACCUUCUCCUAUAGAUGACGAGUAUUUGGAUGCUUUCCAUACAAAUUGUUUGUUUGAGUUUGAACCCGAGUACUUGGUGGAGUUUGAGAACCCAGACAUUGAUGAGAAACCGCCUAUUCCUCUUAGGGAUGCUCUUGAGAAGAUGAAGCCGUUCUUGAUGGCGUAUGAAGGAAUUCAAAGUCAUGAAGAGUGGGAGGAAGCCGUCAAUGAAGUUAUGGAGAGAGUGCCAUUAUUGAAAGAGAUUGUUGAUGAGUACAGUGGACCUGAUAGGGUAACUGCUAAGCAACAACAGGAGGAGUUGGAAAGAGUUGCCAAAACUGUUCCUGAUAGUGCACCAGCUUCUGUAAAACGGUUUGCUAACCGUGCAGUCGUUUCUCUUCAGAGUAACCCUGGUUGGGGAUUUGACAAAAAGUGCCAAUUCAUGGAUAAGCUUGCGUGGGAAGUUUCUCAACAUUACAAGUAAGACUGGAAUGCCUAUUUAGUACUGUUAGCGAACUUAGCAUCUUCAAUUCCUGAGGUUGAAUUGUGAAGCCAUCUGGUAUGCAAAGGUUGAGGAUAUUCACAAUUUCUUUGGAAAAACAAGCAGAAAUUUGAUUAUUUUAAUUUUUGUUUCUGAAUUAUGUGCUUAAUAAGCUCUUCAAAAAUUUUGUUCAAGAGUUAUCUUGUUUUAUUUGUGAUAUAUGUAUAUUAGAAAUUAUAACAGCAAUUUUCCUGGUUAAGAUUUCAGUUUGAUGUUAGACAAUUUUGUAUGGCUUUAAAGAUUAUAGGCAGGAAGAAGAGAAAAUUCCUUUAUAUCA